ACUGCACUUUCUGUCUCCCUCUUUCAUUCUGUCUUCCUCUUUCAUUCUGUCUUCCUCUUUCAACUGUGAAAGUACUUACUGUACCAAACAGAAGGAACCUGGUGGAGUUAAAGACAUUUUGAGCUUUCAAACAAACUCUGCAAACUUUUAUGUUGGAACAGGAGCAAUGAAGUCAUUGAUGGAUUGAUGUUUUUUUCUGUGCUACCAUUCAGCCUCUGAAAAACCUGGACUUAUAGGCUAAAAUUAGGUAUGUAGGUCACCAUAGUGAACCAAUUCUCUUUCCUAGGCCAUAAUGGAGCAGUGCUGGAUGUUGUGUGCAUUGCUAUUCAUAGCCACACUGACACUAGGCCACUGCCAGAGUGGUGAUGGAGGGGACUGGGGAUCAGGCAAUAUGCCAGAGCUUUUGUUCACCAGCACGUCGACUCCUAUUCCAAACACAGUCUGUAAUGAUCCAGCCAAUCCUGGGAGCACAGACUGGUCCAAGCCGCUUUUUCAAGUCAUUCCAGACAGUAAAGCUGAUGGCUGCUCGGUCAAUUUCCACACCAGCCAGGCUAUAUCCAGGCGAUUACAAGUGGCCAAAGAGGAGAUGGCUUAUCUGAAAGCCCUCCAGCAUGGGAAUCAGGCAGUGAUGGAGAAUCUGAUUCAGUUUGUUGGAGCAGAAAUGGGGGAUCAGAGCUAUCAAGAGAUUAUUCAAGAAAAUAUUGUUGGGAUCAAGGAGAAUCAUGCAAGUUGUGUGGGAGUGCUAAAAAAAGCAAGUGAGGAAUUGGAAAACCAGCUAGAAGGAGCUGAUCUUGCUGGAAUUCAGAAAAUCAGCGAAGAGUCUUUGACGUUUGAAAAGAUGCUGCGUGCCACAACAGACAUCGCCAAGCAACUGGAGACCUCGUCACGAACCCUUCACCUGCAGAUAACAGAGCAACAGAGAAAGAGCUUAAAGCUAAAAAGGAUGUAAACUCUACAGAAGGAAAACUGUCACGUUAAUAACCUAAAACCUAAAAUGGCAUGAAUAUAAAAGGCAUAAGAGGAUAAUUUAAUAUUUCAUUGAUUUUCAAUGGUGUGAAUCAUGUAAUUAGACUGUAGGUUAAAAUUUCAAAGCCUUGCACAAGUUUUAAAUUUGUUACUUAAAGUGGUCUAUGAUAAAAUGUAAAAUGCAGAAUAUUUUGUUUUUUUGUUUUUGCAAUUGUUUUUGAAUUAUAGGCAGCUACUGUAGCUAAUUGUAUGGUUUUCUUGGUGCAAGGGUACAGAUGGAGAGCAGACAGCUUGGGACCCUCAGUCAGCACAGAUACAUGUGUGCAGGAAGGAAAAAAAGAGAAAUGACAGUGAAGUCAUAGAAAAACAAAUAGAGCCUCAUCUGGCAGCCAAAGCAGAAAGGGUGCUUGUUAUCACCAUUGUUUAAUUCUUCUCUAUUAAUCAUAAUGAAACACUGUGCAAGUAUGAUUUAUGUUGGCCAGCUGUAAAUGGGCUGUGUGCAGUAUACAUGUGCAUUAUUAGAUGAUAGUGCUUGGUUACUUUUAACUUCAUUCUUUAUUUACAUUAUUUUGCACAGAUUGCAAAUAUGAAAUAAAAAUUAGGAAAUCCACUAAAUAUCACAACAGACCCUUUUCUUAUUUUUAAAUAAAAUAAAUAAUUAAAAAAUAAUUCCUAGAACUUCUAGGAGCUGUUGCCAGUUUUUACUUUUCUAUGUUUACAUUUCUGAGUAGUUACUGAACAGUUCAUAAUAUAAACUAAAUAAUGCUCUAAAGUCAUUAACUGAGUAACAAAUACAGAGUUUACAAAUGUAGCCAUAAAAUCAUUAUAUCCACUUACAAGACACAACAAUUUCAAAAUACUGUAUAAAUACUUAAAAUAAUAUUUCAGGUCAAACAAUUUAUAAUGCCCCUGUAAACUAAUUUUCACAAUUAUCUGUGCUAGCUCCUGUGUUAAUAAAGUUAGAAUGUUUUAGCAUUUUGCAUACACAAAUUUUAGCGUAAUACUCUAAAUUUUGGCAAGUCUUCUUAUAAUCUGCUAAAGCAAUUAAUGCUCUGACCGGACAGACUGGUUAAGUUCAAUGGGCAUGUGACCAGGUCCACUAGGGGGCCACAGACAGACAGACAGACAGACAGACAGACAGACAGACAGUCAAUCAUCGAUCGAUCCCAGACUGAAUUUCAUAUAUUACAGAAGGUAUAUAUAACUAAUAAAUAAAUAUAUAUUCAAAGUGUCAAACUGUAUUGAAGUCAAUGAGUAGGUCAUUAUUCCUAUGUAAUAUCAAAGAAUUUUACAUCAAUUUAGAAAUGUUAUUGGUUUGUAGGUAAGUCUUUUUCAUGGUCAAUAAUUACCUCAGUCUUCUUCAGCCUGUUUUAUGCUGCAAAGAAAAGUAGUGGCAUAAUUAUCAUAAUAGAAUGAUAAAAAUGGUUAAAGGGUAAAUCCCACAGAAUUGCUAACACCACACUGACCUUUCAGCACUACUGUUGUCACAGUGUAGCUUUAUGAACCAGCAGAAUUUAAUCAUAGACAAACGUUCCUCUGUAAUAUUGCACCUUCUCAAAAUGUUGCUGUCUUGCUUGAGUUGCCUAUAGGAGAGGGUUUACAUCCUAUUUCUCCCUUUAAACAUCAUAGUGUCAAGAGGCUGUAGAAUUACAAGAUUUAAAAUUCUAUAACACUGGCAUCCCCAACCCCAGCAGAAAAAAAACAAGCUCUGUGGCUCUGCCCCCUAGCUGUGACAUGGUGCUAUAGGACUAUAAGGUUAAAUCCAGUUCCAUAUUAAAAUGAUAUAAUUAUGUGUUCAUUCAUAUAUAUGAAGUCAUUAUUUGGCACGUUUUCUGCUUUGCUUUGCUUUUCUGCUUUGCUCAGUGUGUUCAAAUCAAAUUCAACUUUUAACUUAAAGUCUCCUUUCUAACAAAUGAGAGGUAGAAUAUCUGCUGUCCAAUGAUCAGAGGGAGUUUUAUUGUUAAAAGAACACCAUUCAAUUCACCCCAGUCAGAGAGAGAGAGAGAGAGAGAGAGAGAGAGAGAGAGAGAGAGAGAGAGAGAGAGAGAGAGAAAGGAAUUGACCGGAAACCUCGCGCUAGGUCGGUCCCCGCCCCCUUUACUUACAUCACUUCGGAUGGACAGAUUGUGCGCGAGCUUGGUCGCCUGGGAGACGGUAGGAUGAGGAGUGUGGACCGAAUCACGGGGAUGCGCGCGGGGGAAAAUGUCCAAGCCGCUUACUACAAAACUUUUCAACGAAUAUGGAGCAACGUCAGAAAUGUAGUCGCCUUUUGGGAUCAAAUCUGAUAUAAUCUUUAAUAAUAAAACCUGAAACUUAAACGUUAGAAGAAAUGAAGAAAAGUUGACAGGGAGACACUGAGUGCGCACAUGGAGAGCUAAAUGCAGCUGUAGGAUGGAGCGCUCUGGGAAUCUCCUGGUCUCCAUGAGGAGCACUCUGCUCUGGAGCAUCCUGUGGCAGUCAAUGUCCUGUUAUGAGAAGACUCAUUCACAUGCUGAGGAUGAACUCUUUAAGAAGCUUUUUGUUGGAUACAACAAGUGGUCAAGACCUGUACCAAACACCUCAGACGUGGUCAUCGUUAAGUUUGGCUUGUCCAUCGCCCAGCUCAUUGAUGUGGAUGAGAAAAAUCAGAUGAUGACAACUAAUGUCUGGUUGAAGCAGGAGUGGAAUGACUAUAAAUUGCGCUGGAAGCCGGGUGAUUAUGACAAUGUGACGUCUAUCAGGGUGCCGUCAGAGCUCAUCUGGGUUCCAGACAUUGUGCUUUACAACAAUGCAGAUGGGGAGUUUGCAGUGACCCACAUGACCAAAGCUCACCUCUUCUACACAGGCAAAGUCCGUUGGGUUCCACCUGCCAUCUACAAAAGCUCUUGCAGCAUUGAUGUCACCUUUUUCCCCUUUGACCAACAGAACUGCAAAAUGAAGUUUGGCUCAUGGACAUAUGAUAAGGCUAAGAUCGACCUGGAGCCUUUAGAAACCACUGUAGACCUCAAAGACUACUGGGAGAGUGGCGAAUGGGCCAUCAUCAAUGCUGUGGGAACGUACAACACCAAAAAAUACGACUGCUGCCACGAAAUCUACCCAGACAUCACAUACUUCUUCAUCAUCCGACGCCUUCCACUGUUCUACACCAUCAACCUAAUUAUCCCGUGUCUGCUGAUCUCCUGCCUGACGGUUCUGGUCUUCUACCUGCCAUCAGACUGUGGUGAGAAGAUCACACUGUGCAUUUCCGUCCUCCUAUCGCUCACCGUUUUCCUUUUGCUUAUCACAGAGAUCAUUCCGUCCACGUCGCUGGUCAUACCGCUUAUUGGCGAAUACCUGCUCUUCACCAUGAUCUUUGUCACAUUGUCCAUCAGCAUCACUGUGUUUGUGCUGAACGUGCACCACCGCUCACCAGGCACCCAUAAGAUGCCAAGUUGGGUGCAUACGAUCUUUCUUGACAUCAUCCCACGUUGGCUGUUCAUGCGCAGGCCGGCUCCCUAUGGACGCCGUCGGCAGAGACUUCUGCUCCUGAAAAAUAGAAGGUCACGAGCCCUCGGGGCUCCCGCUGGAUCAUGUUUGAGCACUUCAGCCAGCUGGUUCAGGGAGGUGGCUGAGGAUGAGGAAGCAAAUACACGAUGCUUCUAUGAAGACCUAGAAUUAGGAACGCUGUCUUCUAAUUUUUCUUUCUCCUUUCGCCCUCCUUCUCCUCGUCCACCUGGCUCCACUCCAACUCCUUCUCCUCCACUUCCUCAUCCUCCUUCAUCUCUGCCACUUAAACAUGGACCUACCAUGAGACAUGAUGCAGUGCUGGGUGCCAGGUAUCCAGGGGGUAGAGUCAACCAUACUAUGCGGCAAUCAGACAGUGAGCGAUUCUCUCUGUCUCCCAGCAUCAUGCAGGCUCUGGAGGGAGUUCACUACAUAGCAGAUCAUCUGAAAGCACAAGACGCUGACUUCAGUGUUAAAGAGGACUGGAAGUAUGUUGCCAUGGUGAUCGAUAGGAUCUUCCUGUGGAUGUUCAUCAUUGUUUGUCUGUUGGGUACCAUCGGCUUGUUCCUUCCCCCAUGGCUGGCCGGCAUGAUCUAGAGCCACUUACUUAUAAACUUGCAGACAUGCCGGACAUGUGCGGUGGAAAUACUCGUCAUUACAGACAUGGAUCGAGAAUGCAACGAGGAUAAAUAUGGAUAAAUAAUACAGAAAAAUAGUGAAAAAAUGUUUCCCUGAAGAGCUACAAAGUCAUGAAACAGAAUGUCUUUCAGCCCUGUGCAAGAGAUUUAGCGUUGAAUGUAAGAAUUGUAAUAAACACUGAUGAAUAAAAUGCGGCACCUUCAAAAAAGACUUCUGCAUGAGUGCAAGCAGGACUAUUAAUUUUGUGUCUCUUAUCUAUUUUUUCUCUCAAGAUCCAAUGGAUUAACUUCUGAUGCAGUGAGAUUUAGAGGAUGUGACAUGUACUGACACUGUGGCAAGCCCAGGGAGAGUAGCUGCUAAGAGAAAAAAAGCUUUAGGGAGCUGUCUUUUAUUUUAAAUCCCACACCAGACUGUGUCUGAGGGACAGAUUUGUAUGAAGUAAAAGACACUGUGUUCCUUUCCAUUCACGUUAUUUCCCCGCCUUCCGCCCAUGUACCAUGACUAAGAUA